AUGGAUCACUCAGAGCUCAUGAGGAUCUAUCCUGUGUGUCCCAAGCCAACAUGCGGCAAGCAAUACACGACGGAGCAACUUUACCAGCUACCCAAACCUCGUUGCACUUGGAACGUUGGAGAACGGUGCCCCGGUGUUCUAUACACAGAGCGUUUACUUGCCGAUGGUACUAUCAAGCGUAGCCCGUCCAAAUUGUUUCCUUACAUCCCUCUCCCUGCUGCUCUCGGUCGUCUACUGUCCCGCCCUGGUAUGUCUGAGCUUUGUCAACACUGGCGUAACAACGACAACCCCAAAGAUGAACCAACCAAAAACCCACCAAGACCCCAGGAUCCUGUGGAGUGGUUUGAUGACAUGCCAGCCAACCAACGGUUUUCGGACAUCAGCAAGGGAUGGGGAUGGCGGGCGCAUGCGACGGGACUCACCCAACAAUUUAUUGACGGCGACCUUACACUUAAUGCGGAUGGAUACCAGGCAAACGGAGGCAAUUACACUGCCGGUGGAAGUUAUACUUCCAACGGAGUGUAUAUUGUUAUCAAUAAUCUUCCUUAUUUUGAAUGGAAUUUAUUCGAAAACACGAUCCUUGCGAUGGUACUCCCUGGACCAACGGAGCCUAAGGACUACGCGUUCAACCAAAUGAUGGAGCCUCUUAUAGACAAUCUAAUUUCUCUGUCUAAUGGCGUUGAUUUGCCGGUGCACGAUGCCGAGACGGGGGAAAUUCAAGACCGACGCGUUUACGCAAACUUAUUGGUCCUUGUGGUUGAUUGGAUCGCGCGCAUCAAAUGUACAGGUCAUGUCGGUGCUACUGCGGAGGAAAAUCACUGCCCAUAUUGCAAGCUACGGGCCUGUUUGCUGUCGACUGGGCGAGGCUAUGACCAUGAAGGCUAUGAUCUUUGCGAUCCACACAAACAUUUGCAGGAUAAGCACCAAUGGCUCCGUGCGGAAUGGCACAAACGCAAUGACAUCCGUAAUGAGACCGGGACAACGUUUACCGAACUAGACCGGCUCUCCGGUUUCUACGCAUUUGAUAAUGCGCCCACUGAUGUAAUGCAUUUGGUAGAUCUUGGGCUCACAGAGGCUAUCAAAACCUGCCGCCGGCUCCCUACCCAUGCUCAAGGGUUGAAGGGACGCGUUAAGGCCGACCAGCGGCGCCUCUCGCGCCUUAUCAUGAUCGGCUCGUAUUUUGAGGCCUGGCGUGUGGGCAACUCAAUCCCUGAUGGGGAUAUUCCUCGCGGCAGCGAGAGGUCAAAGCAUUACAAGGCCCAGAAGGCCAAUGCAAAGGCUUUUCGUAGACGUCGGAACCAUGUCAACGACUUGGAUGGGGGCAAGCUUGACAAAGUGCCUCCUUGGCAUGAAUUCAUGCCAUUGCGAAACCCUCGCAAUUGUGUUUACAACACUUCAACUGCCCAAUUUGAGCGUGCAAACCAAAUGCUCAUCAACGUCAACAAGAAUGGGCAUGGAGGUGGAGAAAUUGAAGCAACAAUGGCAAAGGGGUUUAUGCGUUGCGUUGAGUGUUACCGCUAUAUUAACGAAUUACAAUUGAUUGAAAGGCCAACCGACGACAAUACGGCAACCACAAAACUUUUAUUACAGGGCAUGAGAGACGCCCGGAACACGAAGUUCAGCAUGGUCGGCUGGACGCAAUUCUGGCCGGGGACGCCCAAUUUCUUGAACAAGGUCUGCACAAUGUUCGCUUUUACGGGUAUGGCGCGCCGCCACCAGAAGGCGCUUGAGUUCAGCUUCAUCCCAGCCGAUCCACUCUUACUUACCCCCACUUCCGUUGGUACGGCGUUCGUACCUGUGAUCAUUCAGGGUAUUUACAAAUCGACAGUGGCUGUUCUGGGCGAGGAGCACAAGUUUCUGGCUGUCAUGGUUCAGAGAUUUGUUGCUCCGGCAGAACCACCAGCCUUCCCAUGGAAUCAUUGGGAUCAUAUUCUUGGAAUCGGCGCAUGGGAAUACCAAGAGCUCCAGCCAGUGGAAGCAGUGCCGGCAACCGCAUUUACCGGCCUCUUUGCGCUUUCCAAUAUCGAGAUGUCAUACGGGCGCUUUUGGCUUACUUUUGCAAUGAUAACAACAAGGCCCGACAACUUGAUGGAUGGAGACAACAUGCGCGUUGAUGACUAA